UGUCGACAUUAAUUUUUUCCUGCGUUUGCUCUUCUACCCUAAACCUUCAUUUAUACGAAAUCAAUUCGUUUUACUCUUCUCAUCUGACCAUUCGUACUUUAAAUCUACCAGGAGAAAUAUUGAUACAAAUGAGUGGGAGAUUGGGUCUUGUCAACUUUGCCUCUCUUCCAUGGAAGCCACAAGCAAAGUAAGCGGCUUUAGACUCAAGAAAGAGAUUGUGCUGGUAAAGUGUUUUUGGCAUUCAUAAUCCAUUUCAACGAAAUCUUGUAACAUCGUUUCUGGGUUCACCACAAAUGCAACAAUUAUGGGGGAGUGCUUAUAUAGAUCAUUCUCAGGUAUUUUUGUUCUUAGGGACUGAGUAUGACACAGGUCUAUUUCACAUUGAGUAUUGCCAAUGAAUCUAUCAAGGUAAUUUUAAAAUUCUCUGCCUCCGCCGUUCUGGAUCUCGAGCCUCUCAUUUUGCUUUCCAUUCGCUCUGCUUCGUCCUAGGGUUAUUGUUGGCAAGAUUGAUCGUUGGAGCUUACGACCAUGCCGCUUUUAGGCUCCAAGGUUUAAAGGCGAUUGUCAAUGGCGUUUGGGGGCCACCGUUUUCCCCCACAACAUCGGACUCGGAGCGACCAGAGCGCAGAUUUGGUCAGAAGAAUCGUAACCGCAACUGAACUUGGAGUAAGGCGGAGUGGAGUUCACUGGGCGUUUGCUUCCUACGAGGCUGUAUACAGAGAUCUCAGAUGGGAACAAAGCUAUGACAGUUAUGAUGGUGGACUUGUCUGUGAGGCCAGCCUCGCUUGUUUCAGGAGUAAAAGGCGUCCCACCCGAAGAAAACUCAAACGGUUACCAUUUUGUUGCAGUUCACUACUUGUGAUAGAAACAACGUGAUUGCAAGUGCAAAACACUUUGUUCGAAAUGAUGUUACCAAGAAGUAGACCUACCACCAGUAGAGUCAGCCGGAGAAGAUAAUGAUGCUUUGAGGGGAAGAUACAACAAAAGAUUUACUGCUGUUAUUGUAUAUCAGAGUUGUAUGAUUGCUGACCGUAUCGACUUUCUCGCCUUCAUUUUCUCCAUCUCAAGUCUUGGAGCUGGAUCCAUCCGUCUUCGUCCAAUUUUUAAUAUAUUUUGAUUUUUGAUCACUAUGUAUAAGUUUUUGUUUACAAUCUUUAUCUUCUCACGCUAGGUGCUUCUUCCACCAGCCGAUUUGCAGUGUCCACUACUGCCACUCCUUGGUAUGUAUAUGGCUUUCUCAAUAUUCAUUAAGCUGAAAAAGUAAAGUUAUGUGCCUGGCAAGGCAUCUGUGGUGAUUGGAGAACUAUCAACGUUUUCUUGACUUGGAUUCUUUGCUUUAGAUUUGGAAAUUAGAUGUUUGGAUGUUCUGA